GCACAUCUACGGUGCGUUGACUUCCGUUACUGGCAGUGUUCCAUUCCCACUCCCUCUCUCUCUCUCUCUCUCUCCAUCGCGCCAUGCCUUCAUCGUCUUCUUCUUCGACUAUAGCCAUUACCGCUUCUCGUCUUCGGAGUCUGAGAAUUUGGUCCACUAAGGACUACGUAAUCGCAGCAUUCUUUUUCCUUCUCCUCUUCUCGCUCAUACUCCUUUCCCAUUUAGAUUCUUAUUCCGAUUCCCAUUCCGGCUCCAACCUGGUUCCCUUAACCCUGCUCCGCAACAACGCCAACCAAACACGCCCACUUUGCUUGGAUGGGAGCGCCCCCGGUUACCACUUUCAAAACGGGUUCGGAUCCGGAUCUCGCAACUGGUUGAUUCACACCGAGGGAGGAGGGUGGUGCAAUUCUGUAGCUUCAUGUUCUCAGCGAAAAUUCACUCCUCUGGGCUCUUCCAAGUAUAUGGAGACACUGAUUCCUUUUUUGGGGAUUUUGAGCUCUGACCCCUCUCAGAACCCUGAUUUCUUUAACUGGAACAAGGUGAAGAUACGCUAUUGUGAUGGCGCAUCUUUUGCUGGUCAUCCGGACAGCGAGAGAGGAAGUGGCUUGUUCUUCAGAGGCCAGAUCAUAUGGGAAGCUAUUAUUGAUGAACUCUUAUCAAUUGGCAUGUCUAAGGCAAAGCAGGCAUUGCUUUCAGGAUGCUCUGCUGGAGGGUUGGCAGCUCUUAUUCAUUGUGAUAACUUCCGACAAGUACUUCCAAAGGAAGCAACUGUCAAGUGUCUUGCUGAUGCAGGCUUCUUCCUAGAUGAGAAGGAUAUUAGUGGAAAUAAUACAAUUAGAUCUUUCUAUAGUGAUGUUGUCCAGCUUCAGGGUGUUGCAAAAAGUUUGCACAAAGAGUGCAUUGCUAAAAUGGAACCAUCUAAGUGUCUCUUUCCAUCUGAAAUUGUUAAAAACAUAAAGACUCCUGUGUUCCUUGUUCAUCCAGGUUAUGAUUAUUGGCAGAUACGCAAUAUUUUGGUACCUCAUGGAUCUGAUCCCCAUGGUCUCUGGAAAAGAUGCAGACUGAACAUUCACAGUUGUAAUGCUAACAUGGUUGAUAAACUGGACCGUUUCCGUGGCUCUUUGCUGAAGGCUGUGAAUGAAUUCCGACAACAAAAGCAGAUUGGAAUGUUUAUAAAUUCCUGCUUUAUCCAUUGCCAGACUGAGAAGGAAGUGACAUGGCAUUCACCCAACUCUCCUAAAAUUAACGAUAAGACAAUUGCUGAAUCUGUUGCCGAUUGGUUCUUUGACCGAGAAGUGGUGAAGCGUGUUGACUGCUCGUAUCCGUGCAAUCCCACUUGCUACAAUAUGGAUUUCACCUGAAAAUAAUAUAAAGCUAUGGACCCCAUUUUUAAUUGCCAGUUUUCUCUCGGAUCUUCAUUUCUUGAAGUUCAUGAAGGAAUAUACUCCUAUUUAUGCCCGUCAAAUGAUUUUUGCCUCGAUUGUGGAGUCGGAGAAUAUACUGGGUUAGUUCAUCUGUGAUACGCAUUCUACCUUCAGUCAGUAGACAUUAAAGCCAUGCAGGAUGAAGUUUCCCCUUGAGCAAGUAAUUUCUCGUUCCGUCAUUGGUAUAUAACUGAAUUGGAUAUCUUCUGAAGUUAGUACUUUUUUUUAUUGAUUUUCCAAUUCAGCACAUUAGAUUUUUGUGAAUUGAAAAUAAAAAUAAUGCACUGUUGUUGUU